GAAGACCCCAAACUGAAAACAGAUCAAGGAAGAAGAACGGAGCAUCAGACAAGGAGGGAAGGAAGGGAGUUAACGUUAUGGCAUUUCCAAAGCGAUCCGGAACAAAGCGAAAACUGCAUGCAGAUGAUAAAAGUGCAUCAGAAUCUGAAAGUGAUGAUGUUUCAGAAAGCCUCUCUGACAUUGACGAUGCCGAGAUUGCUCCCUACCUUAACAGCAAGAAGGAAGCAUUCUAUAAGCGCAUCAUUUGGGAAGCAAUGAACAAUGAUUCUGUGAAGGGAAAGGGAAAACAAGCACGAAAACCCCAGAAAACUUCUUCCCCAAACAAAGCAGUCAAAAUUUCUGCUGAGAUGGAUGAUGGAAAGAAGCGGAGUUCAAAAAUCAACUAUGAGAUACUGAAGAAUUCAAAUGAAGAGGAUGUUAACCAUGCCCCUGACUUUGAAGAGAGCAGCCAUGGUGAUGUGGAGCACUCAAAUGACAAAUUCAAUAGUGAAGCACAAAGUUUUGGAGACACUUGUGAAGAUGAGUUUGAUAAUGAAAAUGCAUUUAGUGAGGAGGCUGAAGGCAGACAAGGCUAUGAAGAUGAUGAUACAUAUUUUGCAAAUGAUGAUUAUAACGAAUAUGGCUAUGAGGACGAGUAUGGUUUUGACUGAUACUGACUCGGUUUUGUCAAGUGUUUUUUGCAAUGAUUCAAUGUUUUCUUUCCUGGUUGUGUUGCAUUAUGUACCAAACCUAAAGCA